CUUGCAGAAAGUGAGACUGGACAGAUGCUGUCGUUCUGGGUAGAUCAUACUGUCACUGCCUGUAAAGGCAUAAUUUAGCUAUGAGAAGGCCUGGUGGAGUGUUGUGGCCACGUUGUUAAUAAAGAUGAACCUGUUUUCUUGCAAACAUGUUGCUGGUUCCUUCCUCAAACCCUGAGGCCUGCCAGUAACUUGCCACAUCAACGUUGUAACAAGCGUUUCCCUGUCACUUGGUGUACAAGUCCUCCUUGUAACUAGUCCUCAGUACAAUGGGACCUCUGAAACUUGUUUUAUAGAUCAUAUACAAAUCAUAUAGUAUAUACGAAUCAGCUGAUGAUUUUGACAAACUGCGGGAUAAGAUGGCCUCCAACGACUCCCGGCUCCAGCAGCCUCCCACCCAGAAGGACGCAGCGGACCAGAACUUUGACUACAUGUUCAAGCUGCUGAUCAUCGGCAACAGCAGCGUGGGCAAGACGUCCUUCCUCUUCCGCUACGCCGACGACUCCUUCACCUCCGCCUUUGUCAGCACCGUUGGCAUCGACUUCAAGGUGAAGACGGUGUUCCGGAAUGACAAGAGGAUCAAACUGCAGAUCUGGGACACGGCAGGACAGGAGCGGUACCGGACCAUCACCACCGCAUACUACCGGGGCGCCAUGGGCUUCCUGCUCAUGUAUGACAUCACAAACCAGGAGUCAUUCAACGCUGUCCAAGACUGGGCGACGCAGAUCAAGACGUACUCGUGGGACAACGCCCAGGUGAUCAUGGUGGGGAACAAGUGUGACCUGGAGGACGACCGCAUCGUCCCCACGGAGGACAGCCAGCGCUUGGCCGAAGAGCUCGGGUUCCAGUUCUUCGAGGCGAGUGCUAAGGACCACAUCAACGUGAAGCAGGUGUUUGAACGGCUGGUGGACAUCAUCUGUGAGAAGAUGAGCGAGAGCUUGGAGGGGGACUCUGGGAUGCUGGGGAACCAGCGCAACAUGGCACUGCAGGACGGCCCCCCGGACGGACAGGGGGGCUGCGCCUGCUGAACUGUUGAUCUGCACACACACCCCGGCCGCACUGCCCGACGCACACACAAAAACACAAGUACACAAACUCACUCUUUCUUCUGCCCAACCUCACACACAUCCAUAACAAGGCAUCCCAUAAUCAAUAAUACAUUGAGUUUUAUCCUUCUCGCUCGCUCUCUCCCCCCUUCUCUCUCUCUCUCUCUCUCUCUCUCUCUCUCUCUCUCUCUCUCUCUCUAUCUCUCUCAAUGUCUUUCUCUUUGCUUUGACGUUUUCUCUCAAACUGUCAUUUCUUUUGUUAUUCUCUCUCAAACACACGCACCCACGUGAACACACACGCACACAGCCAUCCCUAGCAUUGUGCUCUGUGGCCUUAACACACUAUCCAGUGCUGUCCAUCAUGAUGAUGUCAUCUUCUUUGCAGGAAACUCUUGCUCUGGUGGAGGAGUCUAAAGUUCACUGAAAAGACCCCCAUCCGAGAGACCUCAUUGUAGGACUAACACAGGUGUGGUAAUUAUGGGUCUGCUCCUUCUAUGAACAAAGUCAUGGGUAGAAGAGUAAGUAGACUGGACUAGUGAAGAUAAGUCUACGGGGUGCCCUGGUACAUAGCACAGUAGACAUAUAUACAUAGACACCGCAUUGGCAUUUGUGUCGUACUUUAACGUCGCUGCCAUAAUUGGGAGCCCAAGACUUGACUUUAAACGAGUAAAAGGGGAGCUAUGGUUUUCCUGGAUUAAAAGCACAUAUACAUUUCUCAACCGAUCUCAAUAAGUUGUUUUUAUUCAGGAACGCAGCAACAGCUCCAAGCAGUCAAUGCGGCGUCUGUGUAUGUAUUACUCAGCCCAAAAGUAGUAAUUCAUAAGCCACACUUGUGUUUGUCAUAUGGUGACGCCUCCAUGGAAAAAGGGUAUGUUACUACAAAUAACGUCCCCAACAACUGAACUCCAGAAGAUCAUUGACAAGACACUUGAUUAGUAGAUUGAAUCACCUUCUGAUCAGGUCCAUUAGAGCCACGGCCAUCCCCUCUCCCUCCCUCCCAGACUGCACCGAACCAAGCACUAACUAUACAUACUGGUAGUAUGUUUUAGAAUACAAUCAAGUGCCCAAAUAUUAAAGUUGUAUUUAACUAAUUUAUUCAACCAAUCACAACCAGAGAGAAUGAGUGUUUAGAAUGACUAACACUUAUUUCUAAUUGUGUUUUAUCCUGUUGUUGCUGCCUUUUUCCCAAAUCAAUUUUACAGGCUCUCUACGUCAAAUUGAAAUCUUAAAUCAUGGUUAUGGACUACACAUCCGUUUUGUACGGACUACUCUCCUUGUACUAAACGAUGCAUCCCCUUCUCAGAAAUUCUGCUCCAGGGCUUGUUGCUUAUCAGUAAGGUAAUGCCUUAAACACAUCCUCACUGAACAUUGAAAGCUUUAUCAGAACCGAGAAGAUAAAUUCUGCUUUUGAUAAGAUUCAGCAUCUGAGCGAGACUGCACUAGACUGGUGACUGCUCCAGGAUAUGGAAGUGAUAAUUGUUGGGCCUUCUCCCAGCACGCCUUGAUAACCUUUUCCCAUGAUGUCCUCCGGCAUGUGCCUUGUCCCGCAUUACGCGUGUGCUGCAUGCGCCAUAAUCAGCCAUGGCCUGACACCGCUACGUUAGCAUACAAGCUAACCUGCAAAAUGACGCGCUUCGUUGGCAAAUAACUAAAGUUGUGUUUUCUUGUACCGUUUUCCGUCCAAACAUUCUGAAAGGGAACACACUGUGCUGUAGAAAUGUGACUACUAAAUACUCGUACUACUGUAAGGGAGAAGGUUAAAGGUCAUCUGGAAACUUUAGGGUUUGUGUUGUACCUAAGUCAGGUUAAAAACAUGGCGUUGGUGCCUUACGAUGCACUUCACCGUGCCUAUAAAGUAUUCACUUUAAUGCUGAGCAGAAGAUAUGUGCACAGUGCAACUGUUUACCUUUUAUUUAGUGUUGAAUGGCCGGCAGUUUGCCAUUGUGCGUUUACUGUGCUAGGUCCUGUGCCUUUUUAAAUGGAGCAAUCAGGGGUGAUGAGGAUCGGUCAACAGCAAAUAACACAAACAGCAUCCGCUAGGCAAUGCUGAAGGCGAUGUUUGGUGUUUACGAUGAACCAAAAAAGUCCACCACCAAGAGAAGGGUUACUUUUUUCGAUUCCAACGUAACUGCCGUUCUAGCUGCCAAACGUUACGUUGCUUUGCCAAAUGCUGUCCAACACAGGUCAAAAAGGUGGACCAAGCUCGCCAUAAAGUGGUCACUCCCUUCUAUUGUGUAAGGUGUAUGGUCAGCCAGCCCAUCUGUCCACUGUUGAUUACUUGAGGGCUGUUCACUAGCAGUAGCGGGGAUGCUAUCAGAUCAUCUGCCCACUGUCCUUCGGAUCCAGGCUGCACUGGAUGGGCCAGAUGGCCGAACUUGAUGCUACUAUAGAGAAAGAUGUUUCUGGAGUUGUCAGGUGAAACAUUCGCCAGAGGCAUGUCGUGUGUACCAUUGCGGAAGACGUUGGGCAGGGCUUUGGUAAAUCCUUUGUGGUUUUGUUCAGCAUUAUGUUUCAUUCCAGAUGAGUUCCUUUUUAAGAGAAACCACAGUUCUUCACGUUUGGAGUUGCUGCUCCUUGGUUUUAGAUAAUGUUAUCAACCUUGUUAGGAAAAUAAUAUAGAGAUAGACAUGGAAAUGAAAUGUGUUUUGGUCUGUAUGUAAAAAAUGAAUAAAGAAUCCUAUUCAUAAAAGCGAAA